UUCCUCCUCUUUGAAUUGUCUCGUUGUCUCCCCUCAGUUUCAUCGGCCGUUCUCUGUAUCUCCGGCGACUUCAAGAGAGAGAGAGAAGGAAGAAGAAGAUAAAGUGAGAGAAUAAGCCAAGGCUUCUUUCUCUUGUAGAUCGCCUUGUUUUCUUCUUCAAUCUCGUCUUCUUCCGCUUUUCUCCAUCUUUCUUUCAACAAGCUUCAUAUAAAAUGGCUGAGGCUGAUGACAUUCAACCCAUCGUCUGUGACAAUGGUACUGGAAUGGUGAAGGCCGGAUUUGCCGGAGAUGAUGCUCCCAGGGCUGUUUUCCCAAGUGUUGUUGGUAGGCCAAGACAUCAUGGUGUCAUGGUUGGGAUGAACCAGAAGGAUGCCUAUGUUGGUGACGAAGCACAGUCCAAGAGAGGUAUUCUUACCUUGAAGUAUCCGAUUGAGCAUGGUGUUGUGAGCAACUGGGAUGAUAUGGAAAAGAUCUGGCAUCACACUUUCUACAAUGAGCUCCGUAUUGCUCCUGAAGAGCACCCAGUUCUUCUUACUGAGGCUCCUCUUAACCCAAAGGCCAACAGAGAGAAGAUGACCCAAAUCAUGUUCGAGACCUUUAACUCUCCAGCUAUGUAUGUCGCCAUCCAAGCUGUUCUAUCCUUGUAUGCCAGUGGUCGUACAACCGGUAUUGUGCUGGAUUCUGGUGAUGGUGUAUCUCACACUGUGCCAAUCUACGAGGGUUUCUCUCUUCCACAUGCCAUCCUCCGUCUUGACCUUGCUGGUCGUGACCUCACUGAUUACCUCAUGAAGAUCCUUACCGAGAGAGGUUACAUGUUCACCACAACAGCAGAACGGGAAAUUGUAAGAGACAUCAAGGAGAAGCUUUCCUUUGUUGCUGUUGACUACGAGCAAGAGAUGGAGACCUCAAAGACAAGCUCUUCCAUCGAGAAGAACUAUGAAUUACCAGAUGGGCAAGUCAUCACGAUCGGUGCUGAGAGAUUCAGAUGCCCAGAAGUCUUGUUCCAGCCCUCGUUUGUGGGAAUGGAAGCUGCUGGAAUCCACGAGACAACCUACAACUCAAUCAUGAAGUGUGAUGUGGAUAUCAGGAAGGAUCUGUACGGUAACAUUGUUCUCAGUGGUGGAACCACUAUGUUCUCCGGUAUUGCAGACCGUAUGAGCAAAGAAAUCACAGCACUUGCACCAAGCAGCAUGAAGAUUAAGGUCGUUGCACCACCUGAAAGGAAGUACAGUGUCUGGAUCGGUGGUUCCAUUCUUGCUUCCCUCAGCACAUUCCAGCAGAUGUGGAUCUCCAAGGCCGAGUAUGACGAGGCAGGUCCAGGAAUUGUUCACAGAAAAUGCUUCUAAGCUCUCAAGAUCAAAAGUUGGCUUAUAAAGCUGGGUUUUAUGAAUGGGAUCAAAAGUUUCUUUUUUUUUCUAUUUGCUUCUCCAUUUGUUUGUUUUAUUUCCCUUUUUUUUGUUUUCGUUUUCCAUGAUGCACUUGUGUGUGACAAACUCUCUGGGUUUUACUUACGUCUGCGUUUCAAAACAAAACCGCUUUCGUUUUGCGUUUUAGUCCAUUGUUUUGUUAGCUCGAGUGAUCGAAUUGAUGCCUCUUUAUUCCU